AGGCUGGGACAUUGUCUUACUAGAAAAUAACGACAGAUACAAAGAAGGAAGACGGUCUGGGAUAACAGACAGAGAAAAGCAACAGAAAAGAGAAUUUGAUAUAGUCAAGAGCAAAAUGACACUUGCAGUUACUGCAGUAUGCAUGGUCAGCGUGUUUUUUGCUGUUGGAGUUGUUUGUCUGCCACUGUCAGACGCGGGGCCUCAUAUAGCCAACGGAUGGGGACAGACGGUCCGGCUCAGACAUCUGUAUGCGGCCAAACAGGGAUUGCAUUUGCUAAUCAACGAGAAUGGCAAUGUGCACGGAUAUCCUGAGCAGAGCUCUUACAGUUUGGUGGAAAUCCGACCUGUAGACACGGGCUGUGUCGCAAUCAAAGGAGUAGCAGCCUCGCAGUAUCUCUGCAUGGAAGGGAAUGGAAGACUGUACGCAUCGAAAACCUAUAUGAAAGAUGACUGCUCCUUCAAGGAAAACAUCCUCCCAGACGGCUACAAUAUUUAUGUCUCUGACAAGCAUGGGACCCUGGUGAGCCUGGGUAGCAGCAGGCAGAGGCUGCAGGGGCGAGACAGAGGCAUUCCUGCACUGUCCCAGUUUCUACCAAGGGUGAGCACCCUGCCCCUGGAUAUAACAACAGAUUUGGGGUUGUCAACCCACCCCGAGCAAGGCCCUCAGUCAGGCCUGGACAUAGACACUAUGGAUGCCUUUGGGAAACUUUCCCAGAUCUCAAUCCAAAGCCCCAGUUUCAAUAAGAGAUGAGCAACUGAUGGUGCAAUCUAUACUAAGAAGCUUCUACAUCUACAAGGUGUCUCCAAUCUCAUAAUUCAUUUUUGGCACAUGACAUUAUACACCACUCCAAACAUACAGGCCCAAGAAGAACCGGAUUGAAAUCAAUUGUAGUAUUUAUUUCAUUAUAAUUUUUUAAAACUUUACUUUUAGCCAUAUUAUUUAAUGAAAAUACUUGAUCCAUGUAUUUUGAAAAACAAAUAUGGGGCUCUGUAUGCACUUUGUCUACAUUUUUGUAGAUGCAGUCGAAGUCGGAAGUUUACAUACACUUAUGUUGGAGUCAUUAAAACUCGUUUUUCAACCACUCCACAAAUUUCUUGUUAACAAACUAUAGUUUUGGCAAGUCAGUUAGGACAUUUACUUUGUGCAUGACACAAGUCAUUUUUCCAACAAAUGUUUACAGAAGAUUAUUUCACUGUAUCACAAUUAGUGGGUCAGAAGUUUACACACACUAAGUUGACUGUAUCUUUAAACAGUUUGGAAAAUUCUAGAAAAUGAUGUCAUGGCUUUAGAAGUUUCUGAUAGGCUAAUUUACGUAAUUUCAGCCAAUUGGAGGUGUAUCUGUGGAUGUAUUUCAAUGCCUACCUUCAAACUCAGUGCCUCUUUGCUUGACAUCAUGGGAAAUUCAAAAGAAAUCAGCCAAGACUUCAGAAAAAAAAAUUGUAGACCUCCACAAGUUUGGUUAAUCGUUGGGAGAUAUUUCCAAACGCCUGAAGGUACCACGUUCAUUUGUACAAACAAUAGUAUGCAAGUAUAAACACCAUGGGACCACGUAGCCGUCACACUGCUCAGGAAGGAGACGUGUUCUAUCUCCUAGAGAUGAACGUACUUUGGUGCGAAAAGUGCAAAUCAAUCCCAGAACAACAGCAAAGGACCUUGUGAAGAUGCUGGAGGAAACAGGUACAAAAGUAUCUAUAUCCACAGUAAAUGACAUAACCUGAAAGGCAGCUCAGCAAGGAAGAGGCCACUUCUCCAAAACCGCCAUAGAAGAAGCCAGACUACAGUUUGCAACUGCACAUGGGGACAAAGAUCGUACUUUUUGGAGAAAUGUCCUCUGGUCUGAUGAAACAAAAAUAGUACUGUUUGGCCAUACAGUGCCUUGCGAAAGUAUUCGGCCCCCUUGAACUUUGCGACCUUUUGCCACAUUUCAGGCUUCAAACAUAAAGAUAUAAAACUGUAUUUUUUUUGUGAAGAAUCAACAACAAGUGGAACACAAUCAUGAAGUGG